AUGAGAACAACAGAAUCGCACGUUCGAGCGCAUGCUAAAGGACAACAAUCAACGCCAGCGGGAAGAGGCGUCGAAAGAAAGGGCGAGCCACCAAAACCUCUCGUCACACCAACGCCACCGAAGAAAACAAGCAAACGCCACAGGGCGGAAGCAGCAACAACCCCUAAAACAAAGGAUCUCAAACAGGCAAAGGCGAUUACUCCGAAAAAGCUGCAGCAAACGAAACCAGCAGCGACCCUCCCCGCUAGCCCUACCGUUCAAAAGAAGACUGCUCAAGCGAUCACAAAACCGCAGGUAGAGAAAGUAGUAACACCGAAGCGAAGAGGAAGUUUGAAAUGCUUGUCGGAUCCAAUAGUUACACCAGUCUCUGACGAAUAUCCUACUGAAGAUUUACACGGUGAUUGGAUAGCUCCAGCAGUGAUAGACGCUAAACCGAAGCUUCGGCGCAGAGACACUUACGACAAGGCUGCUGAAGCUUCUGAUAAGAACAUCAUCUCAAACCCAAUACUUACUCCACGUACGGAUGAAUACCCAACACCGACGGAUGAAGUAGAGAAGAGCAUGCAGCUAGCACCCAGACAGACUGCUACGAAGGAAGUGCCUAAAGAGUCCGGGACAAAGAGUAGACCAUCCGCUGGGACGCAGACUACGUCGAGUAUGAUGAAACCUAAAGAACAAGCAAUGGGAAGCAGGGUAGUUACACCACCAACGAUUACAAAGACUUCGUCGAACUCAAAACCAAGCCGGCAAGCAACUGCCGUGACAGUGCAGAAGAAACAAGGCGGACAGGACCUAAAGAAAGGCUCUCUGAAGACUCGGUCAAAAAGACGUCGAAACUAA